AGUAGCUCCAUUAUUCUGCUUAUCAUUCAGCAGCACGGGCAUGCCGUUUCCUCUCAACUAACCCUCGAAAAAGAAAAGAAACGUCGAUUAUUUCGAAAGAUAUAAACAUACAUCAAGCUCCGUGAAGUUCAUCUGAGGUCACCCCGAGGAAAAAAAAUGUCCCGCGGUUCAAACGCAGGUUUCGACCGACACAUCACUAUAUUUUCACCGGAGGGCCGUCUCUACCAAGUCGAGUAUGCCUUCAAAGCCAUCUCCCAGGGCGGGCUGACGUCUGUGGGGAUCCGGGGGACAGACAGCGUUGUGGUGAUAACACAAAAGAAAGUGCCUGACAAGCUGCUGGACUCCACCACUGUGACCAACAUGUUCAAACUGACCCCUCGCAUUGGCUGUGUGAUGACUGGACAUAAUGGGGACAGUCGUUCUCAGGUCCACCGGGCGAGGGUGGAAGCAGGAGAGUGGAAAUACAAGUUUGGUUAUGACAUCACCGCAGACGUGUUGUGUCGGCGGUUGGCUGAUAUCUCUCAGGUCUACACUCAAAAUGCUGAGAUGAGACCACUAGGCUGCUGUAUGAUGUUGGUGGCUAUUGACCCCCAGCAGGGACCUGUCCUGUAUAAAUGUGACCCGGCAGGCUACUACUGUGGCUUCAGAGCCACAGCAGUCGGGGUCAAGCAGACGGAGGCCAACAGUUACCUGGAGAAGAAACUUAAGAAGAAGCCUGAACUGACACUCGACAGGACAGUGCAGUUGGCUAUAUCCUGUCUAGGCUCUGUCCUGUCUAUGGACUUCAAGGCCAGUGAGCUGGAGGUCGGCAUAGUCACCAAAGACAAACCUAAGUUCAGGACGAUGUCGGAGGCAGAGAUAGAAACCCACCUUGUCGCCAUAGCAGAACGGGAGUAAAGGUGCCUUCAUAAGCAUCAUGUUGACCAUGCACAGAUGAAGAAGGAACUGAUGUAGGUCUGAUUCAUACUGAUGUACCAGAUAUUUCCAAUGGGCUUUUUCUAAAUUCAAUAUACUGUAGGAAUGUGAUGUUUAAAUUCUGAUCAGACACAUUAAACCAUCUGCAGAUUAUUACAACCUUUUACUUUUGCUAAGAUGUGUACAGAAUAUUUGUCAUACAGCUUAAUUUAACACUGUAUGUGUAUAACCACCACUACCCUUGUAAAACUGCAAUAAAAGUGUCCAUCUGA